AUGUCAAACGCCGCGGAGACAGAAGCCAGACAGAGAGCCUCCGCUCUCCGGCGCAAGCAAACCCACGUCCGCGACAUGCUGACCCCUGGCGCCCUCCACGUAGUCCUCUACAUCCGCUCAGAUACGCCAGUCCCAAACGACUUCCACUGGGCUCUCUACCUACACACUGGCAAUCCCGGUGGCCAUCAGUACCACGUGCGGGCUAGAAAUGGUAGCUUGGAGCCUGCCCAUGAAACCAUCCUCAACAUCAUGGCGGGGCAUUUCCUUUGCAUUUUGAUUGAAGUUGCAACUCUCCAUCAGGACAAAGUCACAUAUGGACGUGUGGACCAGAUCAUGAAAAGCUUCGACGCCACACUGAACUUGGUUUCCGGGCUAAAUUGCCGAACCUGGGUGCUGAUGGUCUUGCACAUGCUGGUUGGAGCUGAAAUGGUGCACCUCAAUAUCGAGCUGCUGGAGAAAGAAUGUCUUGAUUUUGGGAAUGGGUUUAGUAUUGCUGCUUCUUUGGAUGUGCAGCCGAGGCCUGUGGUGAAGUCAAUGUUUGCGUAA